GAGAAGAAUAACGGAUCCAGGUUUAGAGCAACGAGCGUCGGUUUUUCGUAGCUGACAGCUCUCGUCGUCGACAAUGUCCGUGACAACAAAAAGAUGCGACAUCUGGUUUAGUAGUGCCACGACUUCUGGGCUGGUUCGGCCGUAAAGCUUUUUCACCUCCUUCGGAGGACAUGCAAGAGAUAACCGACACAGUGCGGCAAAUCGUCGAAUUCGAGGAUUUAGUGUCGCGAUUGGAUCGAAUAAACGACGUUGGACGACCAUUGAACAAUAUCGGUGGUGCUGUUAUCGAGAACAAAAUCGGAACUAUAAUUACAACGAUAUCUCCAGCAAGAACGACAACGAUAACGACCACGUUAACGAAAACAACGACGACAAAGACGUUGUCGAAUUGGGGAAAUAUCGGUGGAUCAUUACCUGUUUCACGUUCCAUAGUGCCGGAAUUGGGAUCGAAAUCGGAUACGGUGCCUGUGCCGGCGUCGACGACUGCGUCGACGUCGGCAUCGGCAUCGAUAUCGGUAUCACCGUUUUUGAACAAGCAGGAAUCAAAUUCUGCUCCUUUGUCGCGACAUUACGUUCAAGAUUCAAACUGCUCGUGCACGUGUUCGCACAUCGGAACCGCCGUCAAGUCCGCCAUUCGUACGAUUAACUGUUCGUCUAUUUCGGAACAUCGGCAGAAGGAGGAAGAGAUUGAACGUCAAGAACAACAAGAACAAGAACAACGAGUGCGCGUGCAUAUCGGUAUCGACGAGGAUUUACGCAUGAUCCUCGACAUGGAUCCGUCGAUCGUCGACGGAAUGCCCACGUCGUCCCUAGUGAACGCCAACUCUCGGAACAAUGGUCACGUUGCGUUUGCUCGGCCGUUACGAUUAACUCGCCCGCAAGGCUGUCCACCUACGUUUAAGACUGCAACACCCACCUCGCGUACGCAACUGAAACUUCAGCUGAUGCGAGAACAGCUGCAAGAGCAGGAAAGGCGAGAAGCUGAAUUUCGUCAAAAUUUACAGCAACAGAGACCAACGGCUGCUCCUCCCAGGCCAGUACCUUCUACCUCACUCUCGACUAUCGGUGUAGACGUACCACCACAAGUCUUGCAAGUACGGACAUUACUGGAAAAUCCGACGCGCUACCAUGUCGUUCAAAAGCAGAAGAAUCAAGUGCGGCAAUACCUUCACGAAUCGUUUCGCGGUAACGGAACGAUCAGCGCUGGAGACGGAAACGUUCUCGGUAGAAAUUCGGUGGAAGGUGCGCCGACAUCCGCGCCGAUGAUAGUGCAGAGCGCACCACCCGGCCCGACGGUGCAUCAUCCAAAGCCGCAGCAUCCUCAUCUGGCCUCGUAUCCACACGGUCCCACGGUAUUGCCGCUCGGUAAUCAGGUUGCGGCCAGUCCAGAUCCUACGACUGGUGCCAUGUCACCAGGUCUUUCCAGCGUCGCGACCAGCAAUUCUGAGGCGGAGGAUCUUUUAGACGACAUACUGUCGUUCGAAGCCAACUCUCUGGGUGAUAAUUUAAAGGACAGCCAGUCGGGAAGUCUGACCAAUAUUCCCGAGUUGCAAAUCAAACCGGAACCUUUGUUACUCACGGAGGCGGAGAUACAUGCGCUUGCCAAAGAUCGACAAAAGAAAGAUAAUCAUAAUAUGAUCGAGAGACGACGACGGUUCAACAUCAACGACAGAAUCAAAGAGCUCGGCACUCUUUUACCGAAAACCAACGAUCCGUAUUACGAAAUCGUUCGGGACGUUAGGCCGAAUAAAGGCACGAUACUCAAGUCAUCGGUGGAAUACAUAAAAUUGUUGAAAAACGAGUUGACGAGAAUGAAACAGAACGAGGUGAGGCACAAGCAAUUGGAGCAUCAGAAUCGCCGACUCCUUUUACGAGUUCAAGAGUUGGAAUUGCAAGCAAAAGCGCAUGGCCUUCCGGUUUCUGAUUUCAAUUGGGCAUCCACUUCCGGUAGCAUGUUAAACGCCUUUGCUCGAAACAAACUCGAGCAUCGCAAGAUUCCAGAAUUGGUUACCGAGGAGGCGACGAGUUUGAGCAUAUCCCAACUGGAAGAUCUGAUGGAGGACGACGGGAAUGGGCCGAUUCACAGCGGCGAUCCAAUGCUCUCCUCGCCACAUCUGCCGCCGUUGAGCCCGACGCAGACCGGUUGUCAACACGGGCUUCCGGACGAGGACACCCUCGGCAGUUUGGCACCGACCACGCCCAAUUCUUCCUCCGACAUGGAUAUUGUCGCGUAAUUUCGAGAGGGAUCGAAUCGAACGGGAUUCGAAUGUUAUACUCGGGCCAGCAACGAUGAUGCGAAUGAUACGAGAGAGAGGCAAACAAGUCGAUUGGCGUCCCGUUGCGUUCAUGAUCAUCGCGCGCACAAGCGUUUUUCUUUUGUCGUUAUCUUUCUUCAACGGCUGGCCGUUACUUACGUUAUUACGUAUUAUUACGAACUGUAUACGUAUUUUAUACGUGGAACGAUACUGGUGCAUAUGCAAUAUUUGUACGACAGGCUCGUUCUUUCUUCUCUCGAAAAAGAAACCUCACCGACUAGCCGCGCGUCCUUUUAACUUUUAAUUCGUUGAUUCGCGAUUACACCCGUUACCAUGGGAAUGUAAAAGGGAAUGUACUUGUUGUGGGAGAAAAACUCGCGCAGGUCGCGAGUCGUCGAACGAACAAAGGAAAUAUGUUUCAAAAUAUUUUUGAAAUUGCAUAUCGCGUUGUCCAAAUUACGAUAUUUUGGACAAGGUCUUAGUUUUAAUCUCGCGAGAUUCUUUUCAUUUCAAUUAUCGAGCAUAUUUCAACCAUUUAUUUAAAAAUUCUUUCCACAUCUUUGUUAUUUCUUUUUUUCUUUCCUCUCUUUCUCUCUUCUCGCGAAGAUGCGAACGUCGUUUCAAACGUCGAUUCACCGUCGAUAUAUAAAUUAUAAAUAAUUUGAUUAUAACGAUGACGUUUGAUUCGAGCGGAUAAUUUCAAUGAUAUUUUUAUAGAAAAAAAUCUUCCGAUGUGAAAAGACAUAUAUACAUACAUAUAUAUAUAUACAUAUAUAUCUAAUAUUCAUAAUGGUGAAUAUGUGCCAAUUAAAAUUUACACAUCUAGAUCUAAGAAAAUGAUUCGUUUUAAUUUUAAGCGACGAUCGAUUCGAAACUUCAAAUUUCAAAACAAAAAUGGUGCAAACGAUAUAGGAAGUAGUAUAGAAAUUCUGCGAAAAAAAAAAUGGUCAAUGUACAUAAAAAAAAAAAAAGGAAAUCUGCGAAUCGAAUUUUCUAAAAGUAUUUCGCGAUGGAAACAACAAACAAAUAAUUUGCGUUGUCUGAAGAAUAAUCUGUACACGUUUUUACACGAAAUGAACAGAUAUGCAUAUCGAUGCACGCGAAUAUCCAACUAUCGUUUCCGUCGCUCUGUGAUCAUUGUAUUUUAAUACCUAUCUAACAAUUGCGUCUUACCUCGUCUUAAUACGUAUUAUUCUCGCUCACUGUUAUCCGCGAGAACCGCUCUAGAAUGAAAGAAAAAAUCGCGAUAAAUUCUAAGCGGGGAUCGCGAGAAACUAUAGAAUAUAUAAAGAAAUGUUACAGAAA